CUGGACAUAAAACAACUGUAAAUGUGUCACGAAAUCAGUUCGAAUUGAUUUCUCAAUUAACAUCAUUCUGAAUUAAAACAAUUUUAUUGAUUUAAUUUUAUUAUGUUGUUCAAAAAGAAUAUGACCUAUGUACACUCUCUUCUAGUUUUUAGUGUUAUUUUGGUGUUAAUCAAAAUUUCAGAGGCUGGCUACUCUAGUUAUUUGUCAUCGGUUGUAAGAAAAUGUAAAAGAGAAUCCGGAGUAGGCGAUGAGCUUAUACAUUUGAGCAUGAUGGGCAAAUUUAAGCCAGACAUUGAUUUUAAAGAAUAUCUAUACUGUUUUUCCAAAAAAGUGGGACUUAUGAACUAUGACAACUCAAUGAAAAAUGACAAACUAGAGCAUAUGGCUGCUAACAUUUUGGGUGACUACAGUUUAGCUGCUCAUAUUCGAGAAGAUUGUGAUAAUACAUUAUACGAUACUUUAAAUACCGUAUAUUAUACGUUUAAGUGUUAUAUUACUCGAAUAAGAGAGGCUCUCCUUGAUGACAGAAUGACUUCUGAAGAAAUAGAAAUCGACCUAAGACCGUACAGGAAGAGGCAUCAUCGUUAUUAGUGUAAAGCUUUGAAACAAAAAUAAAUAUACCUAAAACACUCUAAUUGUUGUUGUUUUUAAAUAGUUGUAGAUUUAAUGAACAUUGUUAGAAAUAUUAC